CAAUCACUAUUGAAUAUUGAUAAUAUAACGUUUUUUUUUGUUUCCUUUUUCGUAAAAGGAAAAUUAAAUAAUUACAUAAUUUUCCAAAAGAAAAAAUUGCAGAGUCCAAGCUUAACCAAGUUCCUAACUUCGAAGACUCCGUCACUUCCAACCCCAUUUCCCAAUUUAUAUGAGAUUCCCCCAUCAUCAUGUCUUCGACACUAACCGCAUUCUCUCACAGCCAUGAACGGCGGCGCCGCCCCUCCCUCCGGUGACGCCUCCGUCCUCAACCACAGGCGCACCCACCAAACACCAACACCUCCUCCUUCUACCUCCCCAGAUCCCUCCAUGGCGAAAAGCUUCUCCUCCUCCAUGCACUACUACACUGAAGCCUCCUUCAUGAAAUGGACCAUCGCCGACGCGGUCCACGUCGCCACGCACCAUUGGAUACCUUGCUUGUUCGGCCUCAGCCUCCUCUUCUUCAUGGCGGUGGAGUACACGCUCUUCAUGAUCCCGCCCUCGUCGCCGCCGUUCGAUUUGGGUUUCAUCGCCACGCAAUCCCUCCACCGCGCGCUGGAAUCAUCGCCGAAUCUCAACACUCUCUUGGCCGCCCUCAAUACGGUGUUUGUGGGGAUGCAAACGAGUUAUAUCUUAUGGACAUGGUUGGUUGAAGGACGUCCUAGAGCUACAAUUUCAGCACUCUUCAUGUUCACAUGUCGUGGGAUUUUGGGGUACUCAACCCAGCUUCCAUUGCCUCAGGGGUUUCUGGGUUCAGGGGUGGAUUUCCCUGUUGGAAAUGUGUCUUUCUUUCUGUUCUUUUCCGGGCAUGUGGCAGGGUCGGUGAUUGCUUCAUUGGACAUGAGGAGGAUGCAGAGGUGGGAAUUGGCAUGGACUUUUGAUGUGCUCAACAUGUUGCAGGCUGUGAGGUUGCUUGGUACAAGAGGACAUUACACUAUUGAUUUGGCUGUUGGGCUUGGUGCUGGGUUUCUUUUUGAUUCUUUGGCUGGGAAGUAUGAAGAGUGCAAGAGGAAAACAACUAGUGCAAAUGGUUUCUCAUCGAAACAUGCUUUGGUUGGAUGAACAAGUUGAGAACAUAGAUGAAAGUGACCUCAAGAUAGGGAUAAUGACAAGGUAUCAGAAGGAUAAGGAAAGGAUGAUGUUUUCACAUGGACUGAAGCCUGAAAUGGAGAAUUUGAAUUGUAAUGAAAAAAAAAUAGUUGAUAGUAGUAGUUCUAAUUUUUAAUUGCAUUGUGAUUUUAAAAUUUGAUUUAUUUCACUAGUUUUGCAA